AUGAAGGAAAAAGCGGUGCUCCCUGCCAAGAUUUAUUCUGUGGGGUCGGGGUCGUCGUCGACGACGACGACGACGAGGUUGGAGAGGUUUCAUGACCUGGAUUAUGGAAAACUCAAAACGCUCGUCUCGAGGACGGUGUCAUACGAGGCCAGGUUUUCAGGCACUGUUUUGGUUUCUUGCUUGGAUCCUCUCACAAAUCGACGUUUUUACAAAGCAGAUUACCCCAUUGCAGGACAACAGUUCUGGCCCUCUCGUUUCUGGCAGGAGUAUAUGGAAAACCAACCCCCAGAAUGGUUGAUGAGAAAACUACAAAAGCAUGGAUAUGUCACAUCUUACAUUGAGGACAUGCAAAUUCAGGUCUCUGCCAUCCAGAGGGAAGGAUAUUUCAGAAACCAUCACGGCGAUUUUGAUUUGAGAAGGUAUUCUCUGCUGGCUGAAGAAAUCUUAGGAAUCCAGAAUCCCUGUUGCUUCAAGACCUCAUGCAUGGAGGCAUUAGCGGGUUUAGCAGUCAUAGAAUUCAUGAGAGAAACUGCAGAAAACCCCUUCUACAAGAAAGUCUACCUCAGGAGACACGGCCAAACAGCGGGGGUUAGCUUGCUCUUCCAUAAUCACGAGGUGCUCGCUGCUGAUAAUCUUCCAGAGGAAGAGAAAAAUCUUCGCCCUGAAUUCAGCUUCUUUCCUGCAUUUGUUUUUGGCACUUGCAAAGACUGGGACUUGAAAGAGAUUGAGGUGAUGUCAACCAGAAGGAUCCCAGCGACAAAAGACUCAGUACAAGAAGAAUUAGAACUUCAUUUGGAAUUAUCGCCUGGACAAGCUCAUGUUCACGUCGUGACUGGGGCAAAAAGAGACACGACCACUUCAAGCAUGGGUAAAAUCCAAGUUCAAGAAGUGGUUCGUCUGGACAGGCAUCAAAAGAAGUGUUGGACUCCUCCAAAUGGGGAUCCUGAUUCCACGAAAAUUUACAGAUUUCAUGACGUGGAGUAUGGAAAACUCAAAACGCUCGUCUCCAGCACGGUGGCAUACGAGGCCAGGUUUUCAGGCACUGUUUUGGUUUCUUGCUUGGAUCCUCUCACAGAACGACGAUGGAAUGAAAUACAUCAUCUUUUGAGACGGAAUCCGCUAAUAGAGGAAACUACUGGUUGGCACAGACUGCCACAAGCUGCUCCCAAGUUGAAUUUCAUGUUUCUCAAUUUCAACAAAGAACAGUUUCAGCUGUACAAGGACAAGCCAAAGAUACUCUUCACCUUCCAGAAACAAUAUUCUCAUGACUACACUGACAGGCUCAGAGGUGUGGACACAGAUAUGUCCCAAUACAUCAAAUGGUUCAAUUCCAACACUGAAGUGCACAAUACCACAGUGCUGGCGUGUUCAUACGAACUAUUAGCAUCCGGUAAUUACAUGAACGUUCAGGGUCUUACCGAUGACGUUGUGGCCGGAGUUGAAGCUAUGUUAGAGUUCUUGAACACCAAGAUGCUUACCACCAUUUCGGACUUGCAUAAAACUAUCAAACAUUUAGCUUUACAUAAUCCAGCUGAAACACCCCCGGGUACUGGGGUUUCCGAGGAAGCCAAAAGCUUGUUGCAACCAGUGCCAAAGACAAGAACCUGCUACGAUGCAGGUGUUCCCAUGCAUCUGUGUGGCUGCGAAGAAUCCACAGGCAAAGUGGAUUCCGUGGCUUUAAAGAAGCUUCCCAUGACAAAUAUGGAAUUGGCAAAAGCGGGUUUAGCAGUCAUCGAAUUCAUGAGAAAAACUGCAGAAAAACCCUUCUACGACAAACUCUACCUCAGGAGACACGGCCAAACAGCGGGGGUUAGCUUGCUCUUCCAUAAUCACGAGGUGCUUGCUGCUGAUUAUCUUCCAGAGAGAGAAAAAACUGUUCCCCAUGAAUUCAGCUUUCUUCCUGCAUUUGUUUUUGGCACUUGCAAAGACUGGGACUUGAAAGAGAUUGAGGUGAUGUCAAUCAAAAGGAUCCCAGCGACAAAAGACUCAGUAAACCUUAAUAGCGGACCUGUUCGAGUACAAGUGCUCGUGACUGGGGCAAAAAGAGACACGACCACUUCAAUCAUGGGUCAUAUCCAAGUUCAAGAAGUGGUCCGCCUGGACAGGUAUUCUCACACUGGGAAAUGUGUCAAAAGUUGGGAACCAUCCCUGGAGAGUUUUUGUUAUUGUCUGAGCAAUGACACUACUCCAACUUUGCCCUGGCUUCCGUUAGACGGAUCAAGGAUUCCAACUGACGAGUCGUUAUCGGCACGCUAUCCGAAGAAGAACUCUGAUUUUUCCGCAGUUCCAAAUAAAAAGUUUGCAACACAUCCCUGGCUUCUUGGGUCAAUGUCGGUCGCACAUUGGCACGCGCAAAUGCGACAUAUUUCCGAAGAAUUUGAUGAGGGACAGGGUCGAGAUUUUCACCGGGAUCCGGACGAAGACGAGCGGCUGAAAAAAAUAUAA